UGACUGUGUCGGUAAAAAAGAUGGCCGAAGGAUCUAUUCUCUUUUAUCUUAUACUUUUUAUUUAACUUGUCCAUUUCCGCUUGUACAAUUUAUCUCGAGAACUGUGGAGCGCGGAUAUCGCGCCGCGAGUCGAACGUCGCGGUUCGAGGAUCGAUAAAAUAACCCUCGCCGGGUCUCGAGCGGACUCGCGGCGCGGGAGGUUUCGUAGUUCGCGCCACCGCGCCCCGCGGUGGUGCCGGGACCCGCCGCGAGAUGGCGGUCGCGGCGGACGGCCGGCUGGCGCUGGGAGCGCGUCCCCGAGUGUCGUGUCGUCGACUGUGCCGAGAGUACGUUCCACCAGCUUUCCCGUGUGUCAACCGCGGGUGUGUGUGCGCGCACGCCCGUCAUCGUCGUGCCGUGUCUCGUCGUAGUCGUCGUCGUCAUCGUCUCCUCGCGCCGUCCCGAGGGGGGGAAAACGUAAACCCGCGAUCCAGUGUGUCGCACGUCGGUUCUUGGGGAAUCCGCGAUCCCGGAUCUCGCGCGCGAUCCUCGAGGGCGAAAGAGAGAGAGAGAGAGAGAGAGAGAGCGCGAGGGAAUAACGGAAAAACGGAGAAACGGUCAGCGCGGCGACGUGCGUAGAGGUGCGCUCUCCCAUGUACGCGCGUGUUUGCGCGCGGAGCGCUCAUGUGUCCGUCUCGCGCGCGCGCGCGCGAGCGGCCGUACGCGGGGAAGCGAGACGGGCGGUCGCGAAUUAACGGAGAGGAGUGAAAGAGUCGGCGGCGACGGCGGUGGAGGAGGCGAGGAAGGUGAGAAGGGAAAAAAAAGUGGGAAGUGUGUCGCCGUCGUCAUCGGCGAGGAAGGUGCCCCGGAAGUCGCCUGCUGCACGCGCGAGAGCGUCCGCGCGGCGGCGGCGGACGGACGAAUAGACAAAGAGGAAAAGGUGACCGCGCGCGGGUGGGCGAGGUAGCCCCCGACGUGAGAAGAAGGGAGAGGAGAAAGGGUGAGACGGGACCGAGAAUACGGAGUGCCGGGAAGAGAGAGAAGAGGUGAUCCAUCAGCGGCCGCGCGCGAGUACCCGCGGGACGGGGAACGGCGAGCCGAAGGGACGAGGGGGAAAGAGGGAGAAAGAGGCGAGAGGACUGCGUCGCGGACGGAGGAAUGCGAGGAGCGACCGUGCGGCGCGCCGUGUAAACACGCGUCUCGGGUGAACCGCCAGCGACUCGCCAGCAACGAGUUCGAUGUCGUUGGCUUCCUCGUCGUCGUCGUCGUCGUCGUCGUCGCCGCGGCAGCUCCGAGACGGUUCGCGUCGCAGAACUCGCGCGGGAGGCGCAACCGGGAGCCGUGGCAUCGAUCAUCGUCGCCGCCGGCACGGCAGACACGCGUAAAUGAAUCCACAUCGCAAAUGACGGUGGGCGGACUAGCGAGGUGCUGGCUGAACUCGUCGUCGUCUUCUUCGUCGGUUUAACGGACCAAGAGCGGCACGAGAUGAAUCGAAGAGUGGGAUACAGCAAUUACGAUGGCAAGAUCGCCGGGCUUUACGACCUGGAGGAGACCCUCGGCCGCGGCCACUUCGCCGUGGUCAAGCUGGCGCGACACGUUUUCACCGGUGAGAAGGUCGCGGUGAAGGUGAUCGACAAGAGCAAGCUCGACGAGGUCUCGAGGGCUCAUCUCUUUCAGGAGGUGCGGUGCAUGAAGCUAGUGCAGCAUCCCAAUGUGGUGCGGCUGUACGAGGUGAUAGACACGCAGACCAAGCUAUACUUAAUUCUAGAGCUCGGCGAUGGCGGGGAUCUCUACGAUUACAUCAUGCGCCACGACAGCGGCCUCAGCGAAGAGGUGGCCAGGACUUACUUUCGGCAGAUAGUUCGAGCCAUAUCGUACUGUCAUCGUUUACACGUAGUGCACAGAGAUUUAAAACCCGAGAAUGUCGUGUUCUUCGAGAAGCUCGGCACGGUGAAGCUCACGGACUUCGGGUUUAGCAAUAGAUUCUGUCCUGGUCAGAAACUCGAGACUUCGUGCGGCUCGUUAGCGUACUCCGCUCCAGAGAUACUUCUGGGCGAUAGUUAUGAUGCCCCCGCAGUAGAUGUUUGGUCGUUAGGUGUAAUACUGUACAUGUUAGUAUGCGGUCAAGCGCCGUUUCAAGAGGCGAACGACAGCGAGACGUUAACGAUGAUCAUGGACUGCAAGUAUUCGAUUCCGUCGCACGUGUCCGACGGGUGCAAGCGGCUGAUCGCGAGGAUGCUCGUACGGGAACCCGAAGGUAGAGCGUCCCUUGAGGAAAUUGCCGCGGACUCGUGGCUGGCGAUCGGUUCCGACUUGGACACGAUGGAGACGCUGCCGCUCGUGUCGCGUCAACAAGUCACCGACGAUCAUCACAAUCACAUAAUUACCAAAAUGGUUAACGGUAACAUCGCCACCAAGGAAGAGAUAUUGGACGCGCUUGACAAGAACGAGUACAACCACAUCACCGCGACGUAUUUCUUGCUGGCCGAGAGGAAAUUGCGGGCUCAUCGACAAGAACAGAUGCAGAAAACUCGACCAGAAGCUCUGGACGUUUCCUCAAACCGGCAGGAUGAUCUAACGACAAACCUACGCACGAAUGAGAACUCGCUGAGUACGACGAACCAGUCGCUAUUGACCGUGCCACGGACACCUGGUGACGUACCGCAGAACGUGCGUACGCGCAAGUGCAGUAUUGUUCAAGAAGAGGAAGAUGAGGACGAUGUGUCCUCGUGUUCUGGCCGAGACGAGCGCGGCAGUAAUUCGACGCUAAAUUCCCUUAACCGUCGCGGCUCCCGUUCCGAGGGGAAGCUCUCGCAUAUUCUGCAGGAGCGAUUAUCGCAGCUUCCGGAGAAGCACACCGGCACGAAGCCCGUAUCGGGUCAGCGGCAUCCGCACCAAAAGGAGGAUACCGUCAUCGCCGAAUCAUCGCACAGGGGAGAAAGACUGAAGCAGACUUCGAGAAACGAGAAGGACAACAAGACAACGUCGCCGCCGGUGCGUCCGAAAGGAGCGGACAAAGUUCAAACGGGUAACGUGCUCUUGGAGAAGCUGCCUGUAACUCCGCGGAUCACCACGACGACGUGCGAGGAAAAUCUGAAGAACCGAUUGAGUGGCGCAAACUCUCCAUCGGCCGGAUGGACCACUAGAAAAGCGACCAGCACGGAAGCCAAGCCCAAGUCAGUGACGGAGUGUCUAAAGUCGGCCGGACCAGUGCCGGCGAACAAGUGGAGAAUGGGUGCUCAGCACCAUCGGUUUAGCGUGCCGCUUACGGAGUCCCCGUCAGCGAUUUCCUCGAAACCAUCCGACGUACCUGCGACGACGACGACUACUACCAAAACGCUGCACGAAUCGUCGACUGUCUCGAUACCUCUUCAUCCGAUUAGCGACAAUCAAGUGACGUUAACACCCAAGUACAAGACAAUGCCGUCGCCCAGCGGUAACUCGUCCGCGAAACAACUCACGCUCAAUGAAAUCCUGGAGGACGGGGACGGGACGCACACGCCGGUCAACUCCACGGAAUGCGGGGAUUCGACGACCAAGUGCCGAGUCGUAAGGCGAACAACGUACGAGCAACGGAGGAGUAAAUUCCACAAGACGCGCACGACCUCCUGCUCGAGCUCGGACGCCAGCGACGAUGACAGCGAGAGCAGGAAGAAGAGGGCGCACAAGCUCGGCGCGUCCACGGGCAAACCCUUACCUCCGAGGCGCGACAGUCACGACGACUCGAGCGAUUCGCAGGACCCGGGAGGGAGCGGCGGCGGGCGAGGUGGAGUCGGCGGCGGGGGGAGCGGGGUGAGCAACGGCGAGCACACAACGACGGACACACCGACGACAACCGAGAGCAAUCGAAACGACAACGGUAGCGGCACUAACACGACAAACACGAGCACAACGAAUGGAGGAGGGCGGCAUCGGUGCACCGAGAACCAGGUAAUGUUCGGCAGGAGACAUCGCGCUGGUAGGAGAAGAGCCGGCGAGACGCGAUUGCGCGAGAGCCAGUCAUUGAAUCGUAUCACCGAGGUCCAGGAGGCCGAGGCACCCUCGUCCUGUCACAAUCAUAGUCACGUAUCGCGCAAUUCGACCGUAAUCGGCACGCAGAACGUCUCCUCGUCGUCAUCGUCGGUGUCGCAAAAUAGCACGGCUUCUCAGCACAAUGUUGUCCCACCUGUGUCCCAAAUGGCGAUCAACACGGUACAGAAGGCGAAGGGUCUCGGGGCGAGGUUGUUGCAAAGCUGGUCGCUCAGCGCCGGGAAGUCCCUGUUAUCGCAUGGCUCGAAGCAAUCCGCUCGCAGUCCCGACGGGAAGAACAAUAACUGUCAGCGGCAAUCGGACGAUUGCCAGACGGUUAGCGGCGCCAGCGACGAGCGUCGCGGCGAUCACAAGUGCGCGAGUCAAGCGGCGUGCAACGACAAGGAGAAUCGCGGUAACGGCUCGAUGAACCGGAACGAGUGUAAGACCAGGAAGAUCCGGUUGUUGAGCCGUUACUUCGCCGUGCACAAGAAGCUCUGCGUACCGCUGCCGGGUAUCUUCGGCAAGGGACGUCUCUACAAGGCUCGCUCGUGCGGCAGCAUCACUCGCGACCGCGUGAGCCCGCCGUCGCCUAAAUCGAUGCUGCUGGUCGAGGACAAGUGGCGGGAGCGUCGUCAGUGGUGCGACGCCGCGACGAAGCAGCAUCGCGGCAGCGACGGCGACAUCAAUCAGAAUCUAGGCCUCGCGCAACUCGUGCAGGAUAACAUCGUCGGUAAGGGCUGCGCCGGGAUGCCCAACGUGUGCCACAUUCAUCUCGGGGACGCUUCCAAGUGUUGUAGCCUUUGUUGAUAAACCGCUUCCGCUCGGAAGAGGGAGAGAACUCGAGCCGCGCUUAGAUACGCAAGAUGAGAGACACGUGUACGAGCGCGGAUAGGUAAGACCAGGUCCGUUCUGGUGCCAGUGGCGUGUGCGCGCGGGACUAUUGUCGCGACAAUCUUUUUUCGAUACCGCGAGUAUAAUUUCUAGCGAGUUAUUUUGUCGAUACAGAAAUAUUCUUAUAGUUUGCGAGAUCUGAUAUAUUAUACACAUAUUUUUUCUCCUUUUUCUAAGAAACGGCGUGGAUGCCGUGUCUCCGGCACACCUUAAAGAGAACAAUAGCUAAUGAUUUCUACGCGCAGAACCGAAGUCAGAUCUGUUUAGGAACCAUUUUAUAAGCAAUUCGGAGUACAGAGUGUUCCCGCAAUUAAUAUUUCCACAAAAGGUAUGAUCUGUUCCUCGCUGAUGCCCAAGUUACGUUAAAUUAGGGACGCGCGACCGAUACAUUCGCGCCAAGGUGGUGAUCGCUGACCACGAUAGUAAAAAAGAUUAUAACGGUGGGUGUGCCACCGACGUACUUGACUGAUCACAUCAUAUCCCCGCUGGUCCGCAGAGCACAGGGAUCAAGACAACAAUAAGAGAAAGGGAAGACGGGACGUAACCGAAUUGUCGGUCGUUCCGAGAGAGCUGUAUCUAGUCCAUGUGAACAAACGAUGUAUUAAAUAUUGCAGAGUUUAUGAUUAUUA